AUUGCUUAUUACCCCAGAGGUGGAAUGUAUUCAGAAACCACAUAUCCCAUAUCGGAGCUUCUCUUUACAUAGCCUACAUAAACAUGUAUGCCAUAUUUACUUUCUUAGUCGGUUUGGCUUUUUUGCCAUUUUUUAUUUACGCUCGAUUUCCAUAUUUCCUAGAUGAUGUGAGGUACAUAUUUAAUGGUAUUAGUAUUGGGAAUCGCGUUAAAAGAUAUGCUUCUAAAAAACCCUGUUAUACAUUGCUGGACCGUUUUCUUGACAAAGUGAAGGCACAUCCGCUCAAAAGUUUCAUAAUUUUCGAGAAUGAAACGUAUUCUUACCAAGACGCCGAUAGACGAAGCAACAAAGUUGCCAGGGCUUUGUCGCAGCAUUCAAAACUUCAAGAAGAAGACGCAGUUGCCCUGUUCCUUGGAAACGAGCCGACUUACGUAUGGCUCUGGCUGGGGUUAACCAAACUUGGAUGUGUACCUGCACUUAUAAAUUACAACAUAAGGACGAAAUCGUUGUUGCAUUGUUUCUCUUGUUGUGGUGCAAAGGUACUCAUUGCAGCUGCAGAACUGAAAGACGCUGUUGUGGAAGUUCUCCCGGCACUUCAGGAACAGAAUGUCUCAGUGUUCAUCCUCAGUAAAGAGUGUGACACAGAGGGAAUAGAAACCUUAUCGGAUAAGAUAGAUGCUGUUUCCGAUGAGCCCGUACCAUUAGCACUGAAUUCAAACCUGACAAUUAAGAGUCCAGCUCUGUACAUUUACACCUCUGGAACAACAGGUCUACCCAAGGCAGCUGUGAUCAACCAUGAACGAGUGUGGCUGGCCAGUUCCAUGCAGACUGUAGCAGGUGUACGGGGAGAUGACAUCAUAUAUGUUUACCUCCCUCUGUAUCACAGUGCUGGAUUCUUGAUGGGACUAACAGGAGCUAUAGAUCAAGGUAUAACAGUGGUCCUGAAACGCAAGUUUUCAGCAUCACAGUUCUGGAAUGACUGCAGGAAGCAUAAUGUGACUGUUAUUCAGUAUAUUGGUGAAAUAAUGCGUUACCUCUGCAACGCACCAAAGAAAGACAUUGACCAGAAUCACAUGGUCAGAGUAGCCCUCGGCAAUGGAAUCAGAGCUGACACUUGGGCAGAGUUUUUGCAGCGCUUUGGAGACAUCCGCAUCGUUGAGUGCUAUGGCGCCACAGAGGGAAACACAGGCUUUGUGAACUACGUUGGCAAAGUUGGGGCAACUGGCCGGGUGCUCACAAUUCAGAAGAAAGCUCAGCCAUUCGCCCUGAUCAAAUAUGACACAGAGAGAGGAGAGCCAGUGAGAGACUCCAGAGGCUUUUGUGUGGAAGUGGCAACAGGUGAGGCUGGCCUUCUUGUGGCAAAAAUCACCAAAAGAGCUCCUUUCACUGGCUAUGCCAAUAACACCCAGCAGACAGAGAAGAAAAGGCUGAGGGACGUGUUUGAGAAAGGGGACCUGUAUUUUGACAGUGGAGACCUUCUCAAAAUGGAUGAGGAAGGCUUCAUCUACUUUCAGGAUCGGAUUGGAGAUACCUUCAGGUGGAAAGGAGAGAAUGUGGCAACCACUGAAGUCACUGAUGUUCUUGUCACUCUGGAUUUUAUAGAGGAAGCCAAUGUUUAUGGUGUCAAGGUCCGAGGCAAUGAAGGAAGGAUUGGAAUGGCAUCGUUAAAAAUAACUGAGGGAAUGGAGUUCAACAGCACUGCCACCUAUGAGCAUGUGAAGGCCUACCUUCCUAGUUAUGCAAGACCCCGAUUUAUUAGGAUCCAGAAUUCUCUUGAACUGACCGGCACCUACAAACAGAAGAAAGUGAAGCUUGCCGAAGAGGGAUUUGACCCAUCUGCUAUAGACGAAGCAAUGUAUUUCCUGGAGGAGAGCCAGGGCUACAUCCCCAUGACUAAGGACAUUUAUAGUGCCAUCAAUGAUGGAAGUAUGAGGCUGUGAGAUCAUCUGCUGCCUCGUGGCUGUGAGAUAGGUAAUUUGCUGAGGAGAUUAUGAUGACUGAUGUGUUUUUGCACUGUAGUGAUCUUCACAUUGAAUAUGCACUGUUCUUAUCCCUUCAACUCCAAAGGGUAUUGUAAUCAUGUCUGUCUGUCCAUGUGUGUCCUGCACUGAUACACAUUUUCUAUAACUUGAUCCUCCUCUUUAGGAACUGGAUGCAAAUAUUUUUCCAUUUCUUUACUGACCAAUCAUCUUGGCUACACUAUAAACAUACUUUGUUAAUGCAGAGACAUUACAACACUCAGUUUGUUAAUGAUAACUAAAACUGUUGUUUUAUAAUUCAGAAUUUUAUUUUAUUUUUUUACCUAAUUUUUUAAAACAUUUUCAAGAAAAGGCCUCCUGAUGUAUGAAUGUUAUUGUGGAUCAAAACCUGUGACAAACUAUAAGUUGAAAUAAAGGGCUAUGUUGAUAA